AUGGAAGGACGAUGCCAAUGUGGACAAAUCCGGUUCACGACACCGACACCACAACCACAGGCGUUGUAUAUCUGCCACUGCACCGAGUGUCGACACCAAUCAUCGUCAACAUACGGCAUGACAGCCAUCUUCCCCUACUUUGAGAUCACUCCUCCCCAUCCAGGAGCCAUUGGCAUCUACAGCCGGCCCAAUUCUCACUAUCGUACCGUGGGGUAUUUCUGUACCAACUGUGGUUCGCGGUUGAUUCAUGCCGAUUAUAUCGCCGAGGGUCAACCAGCCAAGAUGCUCAGUGUGAAGGCGGGUUGCUUGACUGGCCUCAACAAGGACAUGAUGCGGUCGGCCAUUCAUAUCUGGACAAAGUCGGCCGUUGUCGAUAUUCCAGAAGGCGUUGAGGCUUAUGAGGAGGAGCCUCCCGGUGGCAGUUUCAAUGAGAAAUAG